AUGGUAGACAUCAAUGCACACCCGGUACCGACGGCCGAGGACGAGGCCAACUCGGCCUUCAGUCACGAAGAGGGCGGGUCGAGCGACGACGACACGACGCAUAACGGCCCCGCCUCGGUUGCCGGCAACAAGAGGAAGCGCAUCAAAUGUGAGCUGUGCAAGGCCCGCAAGGUCAAGUGCGACAGGGCCGAGCCCGCGUGCUCGUGGUGCGCCCGUCACAACCGCACCUGCGUCUAUCUCGAGAGGCAGAAGCCCGGCAGCCGCAUCGGCUUCACCCUCGAGCUCGAGUCAAAGGUGAACCGUGUCGACGCCCUCCUCCAGGCCCUGUGGCGCCGCGUCGAGGACCACAUUGCUCAUGACCACCACCCCUCGGGUCUCCCGCCCGUCCAGAGCCUCUCGCCCACCGGCAGCAGCCACGUCGAAGGCCUUCAUCAGCUGCCCUCAGCCGCCGACCACGCCGCCUCCACCGGGCACCCCCUCCCAGUCGCCUUCUCGGCCAGCACUCCCGUUCUCCAGGGCACCACCCCUGGUGCCUACUCGAGUCCCUUGUGGCGAGACUCGGCGGACGGCGGCCGAGAUGGCCUGCGAGGCGGCGAGCCCCGGUCCUCCCUGAUGGCGGGACCUCCAUCGACAACGGCGACGGCCGCCACCCUAUCUCUGGCCGGGGGAGACUCGGCCCCCCCUCCACCCAUCCACCCUUCGGAACAUGCCUCGCGGGUCGCCUCCGCUCCCCGAGCGGGCCCUUCAUCCUUCUCGAGCGGAGCUGACCUCCCUUCCGAUGACAUAGUCUACACCCUGGUGGACCUGUACUUUAAGCACUGCAACACGUGGUGCCCGAUCCUGGACCGCAAGUCGACGUUUGGCAUCUUCUUCGGGUCCACGUCGCUGAGCGAGGUGGACCGCAUCCUCCUCCACGCCAUCGUGGCCACGACGCUGCGGUUCCUCAAGGGCUCGCGGCUGACGCGCGAGAUGCGCGCCCACUAUCACGCCGUAUCUAAGCACACGGUCAUGAUCUUCGCCAUGGAGCACGUCAGCGUCGCCGCGCUCAAGGCCCUCGUCAUCCUGUCCCUCGACGAGCUCGGCACCUCCAACGGCCCGCGCGGGUGGAACCUGCUGUCGCUGCUGGCGCAAAACGUGCGCCACCUCGACUUGUGCAAUGAGAACAGCAUGUACCUGUCGUCGGCCGCCGCCGAGGACGUGCCCCGGUCCGGGUCCGUCCGGCGGGUCGCGGUGGGGCGGCCCGAGUCGUGGAUCGAAGACGAGGGCCGUCGCCGGCUAUGUUGGAUGGUAUACCUGCUGGACCGGUACGCGACGGUGGCGACGACGACAUUUGACUUUAUGCUCGACGACGGCAAGAUGAGGCGCGUCUUGCCGUGUUCGUACGAUCUCUUUUCGCGCAACGUGCCCGUCGAGACGAGGUCGCUCGAGUCGGGGCAGCAGCAGCACGGCGCCUACGCCGUUGACCGGUCCGAGAACCUGGGCAGCUUCUCGUAUCACUGCGAGAUCCUGCGGAUCCUCAGCCGGGUGCACGAAUUCGUGCGGCGGCCUAUAGACGUGUCGUCGGCGGCCGACAUGGCCGGGUGGCGCGACACAUACCGCUCGCUCGACGCGGCGCUGGACCGGUGGCUGCAGAGCCUGCCGAGCGAGUACGGGCGCAUCUCGGCGCUGUGCCACUCGGACCCGGCCAGCCGCGUCGCCAACUGGUUCAUGCUGCACAGCGCCUACGUGACGUCGGUGGUGCGCCUGCACUCGCCCGCCGCCUACCCGGGUCCGGCCCCGGGCCCGAACACAGGUGCGUCGCCGCCGCCGCUGCUACCGCCGUCGCACUACGCCAUGCAGCGGUGCCUGGCGGCGGUGCAGAGCCUGCGAGACAUUACCCGCGAUGUCGACGAGGCCGACGGCCUGGACCUCGUGGGGCCGCCCUUUGCCUUUUCGCUCUGGGUCGCGGCGCGGCUCCUCGUCGUCCACGCGGCCGCGGUCGGGGGCCCCGUCGACAGUAAGAUUGACUUCUUCAUCGACAUCCUCGGCUACGUCGGUGAGUACUGGGAGGUGGCGGCCAACUAUGCGCGGAUCCUGGCGCGGGUGGUGCAGCGGGGGCGGCAAGGCGACGGGAGCUUUGCGGACAUGAGAAGGAGCGCCCACGACCUGGUCAGCCUGACGACGUCGACGCGGCGGUCCGGGCUGGAGGAGACGUCGUCGCAGCCGGUGUCGCUAAGCGAGCUGGACAGCAUUGACAUCUUUGACUUUUUCAACUAUCCCAAGAUGCCCGAGGCGGCGCGCGGGCCCGUCAUCACGCCGGGCGGCAGCCACCCGCUCAUGCAGGGGAUGGCGGCGGCGGCGGGCGACGGGACGCCGAGGAACCCGGAUCCCGAGGCGGACUGGCUGGGGUACAGCUCGUCGUUUCGCUGA